ACCUCCCCACCCCACAACUACAAGUCCCGUCGUGCCCUGCGCUCACGCACAUUACGCGAGAGCAAGAUGGCUGACACGGCCACCGGGCCUGGUGGCUCCGGAACGAGACCAGGAAAUAAACAGUCCACUAACCCGGCUGAUAACUACCAUCUGGCCCGGAGGAGGACCCUGCAAGUGGUUGUGAGCUCUUUGCUGACAGAGGCGGGAUUUGAGAGCGCGGAGAAAGCAUCUGUGGAGACGUUGACAGAGAUGCUGCAGAGCUACAUCUCAGAAAUUGGGAGAAGCGCCAAGUCAUACUGCGAGCACACAGCCAGGACCCAGCCCACGCUGUCGGACAUCGUGGUCACACUGGUUGAAAUGGGGUUCAAUGUUGACACUCUGCCUGCUUAUGCAAAACGAUCUCAGAGGAUGGUCAUCACUGCACCUCCGGUGACCAAUCAGCCAGUGACACCCAAGGCCCUCACUGCAGGGCAGAACCGACCUCACCCGCCACACAUCCCCAGCCAUUUUCCUGAAUUUCCGGAUCCACACACGUACAUAAAAACUCCGACGUACCGUGAGCCAGUGUCUGACUACCAGGUCCUCCGAGAGAAGGCCGCGUCUCAGAGGCGAGACGUGGAGCGAGCACUCACCCGCUUCAUGGCCAAGACAGGCGAGACCCAGAGUCUCUUCAAGGAUGACGUCAGCACUUUCCCCUUGAUUGCAGCCAGACCUUUCACCAUCCCCUACCUCACGGCCUUGCUCCCCUCCGAGCUGGAGAUACAGCAGAUGGAAGAGACAGACUCCUCGGAGCAGGACGAGCAGACAGAUACCGAGAACAUCGCGCUCCAUAUCAGCACGGUGGGUUCCCCUCUGCCUGCCACACUCCGCCCCUGCCCUGGGAUCUCUGCCUGUCUCUUAGAAGCUCGCAUGGUGGGGUGCGUGACCAGUCUCCAUCUUGAGAGACAUAUCCUGGGAGUCACACAUUCAGCAAAUGUUGAGCGAGCACUGCCAGGUCCAGACCCUGGUCCCGGUGCUGAGGAACCAGGAGGCACGACAGACAAAGCACUGCCCUCAGGACGAAAAGAUUAGACAUGAGCUGUGGAGUGGUGGAGGGAUUGGAGGUGACGUUUGGGUAAAGACUUGAGUAGGCUGACACUUGCACACGUCUCUGGCGUUUUCAGGCGGGGAGAGCACUUGCAGGGUCCAUCUGAGGCAGAGUGUGUGAGCUCGUGAUACCCUCUGCUGGGUCAGGCUGCACACCACACUCUCCGUAUGAAGCACAAUCACUUAGAUUUGUCACUAUUCUGGUGACCUGCAAAUGAAAUCCCGUGCUAGAGAUCCUGACCCUGCCUCUCCCAGCCAAGUGCUGGGACUAACGCGGUCACCUCUCGUCCCGUGACCAAUGUUAAACUGCCCCCACCUCCUGGCGUGUGGGCGACUCUCAGGGACUGUUGCUGUGGGGCACCUUAACCCUGACCCUUCCUCCAUGCCCUUGAACAUAAAGGAACGAUGAGUUUAGAGUAGCCAGUGGUUUUGUUCUCUGUUCUCUCAUUUGAACUAGCUCUUGUGCAGGCAGCCCGGAAGUUUAAACUGUUCUUCCUUAUAAAAAGCCAAGUUCUCAGUGAGCAGAUGUGCAGCGAGCAUGCAUCUGACCCUGCUGUGGCCGCUCAGGGUACAGCAGCCACCCCCAUAUGGAAAGCCUGCUCCCGAGAGCCUGAGCGCCAUCCCUCACACAUUCAAGAUGGGGCAGUGCUUCCAGGGACAGCGCACUCGGGGGGGACCAUCCCGAGUGUUGAGGCCCAGUGAGCCAGAGCCUGCUGUCUGCUCCCAACGCAGCAGUCCCCGGAGACCAAGCCUCUACUCCUCUUUUGCCAUCUGGUCACAGUAUGAUGGUGACAGCCACUCCUGGCUGGAGUCUGAGGCCUCCUUUAAACUCAGUUCCUCCAGGGCACCGUGGUGUCACCAGGGGGCACUGCAGGUCAGCUUCUGGUCACUGGGCCCGAGCGGCCAGGUCAGGCUUUGAGUGUGGUGGUCCAUGCCCUGGCCCUGCUGCCACUGCUCAAAUAAAGAGGAACAAAAACAAAAUGACAGACAGUGUGGGACUGGGAGAGUAUGCAGAAAGGAGACUCAUCAGCCACACCUCCAGGACAGUUUCUAAGUUUAAAGUCAUGGACUCUGCCUUGCUGAGCUUCACUUCAGGAUUCCAGAAAGUUCUUGAGUAUGCUGGAAUAUGCUUAUUGGUUCUGUGUACCAGGUGCCAGAAGUGAGAGAUUUGGGGAAAUGUAUUAGACCCAUGUUAGUUUGGGUCUAGGAGAUUUAUACUCUGUGCACUGAUUGUUCUGGUCUGUGUCCCUUACUCCAAGAUUCCCAUGGUCACUUCCUUUCCUCAUCCUAUUGGUUAGAAUUCCUCCCAGAAGCAUGUAAAUUCUAACCUUCUAGGUCUCCAUUCUUUAUGUCCCCACCUUCUGAAGAUGCCAAGGACCCUGGAGUAUUGUUUUGUCAGAGUUCACAGUUCUCCCUGUAGAGCCAGUCACUGCCCAGGCGUGUCAUGGAGGCGUGCAGAGGCAGCACUGGAAAGACGGUGCUCCUGUCUCCUCAUUUCUCAGUAGAAACACCAGAGGUGGUUCUUGUCCCGGGCAGUCUCCCUCCUCAUGCCACUGGUGUUCUGCUUUAUUCCGGCUUUUGCCCAAAGGACGAAUCCGGAGCUGAGAAGGAGAACACUUCUGUCCUGCAGCAGAACUCCUCCUUGUCCGGCAGCCGGAACGGGGAGGAGAGCACCAUUGAUAACCCCUAUCUGCGGCCCGUGAAGAAGCCCAAGAUCCGGAGGAAGAA